CAAUAACCUGGCAAUUUACUUGACCAAUGUGGAAGAAAUUCCCACUCCGGAGGACGAGCCCCAAUCUGAGCCAACUACUAACCAAUUAAUCGAAAAGUUAAUACAAGUAGAGGCUUUAAACCCGGAACAGAGACAAGAAGCAAGGCAUGUUCUCGAAACUUACCCCAAUAUCCUCUCUACAGAGCUAGACAAAAUGGGUUAUGCUGAGGAUGAACUUUUAAGUAAUAAUAAUGCUGAAAAUGAUGCUCAAUAUAUGAACUUGAAUAAAGCCUACCUGGUUGAUAUACCCCAGUGGGGAGAAUUAACCGAAGGACUUGAGUUCCAGGAUAGUAGCAAUGAGGAAUACGAAGAUACGGGCUAUAGUUAUUACCAAAGUCGCUUGGGACAUGAUUAG